AUGUUACCAAACUUUGUUCAAUUUCUUCUUGUCAUCUCGACAGCUCUUUUUCCAGUGGUAUGGACCUUGCCAUUGUUGAACCUGGAAAAACUUUUGGGAUCCUCGGGUGGUUUAUUGAAGGCAAACGGCGUAUUGCCAACAAAUCCUGAUGAAGUGCUUGCUACACACAACCAUUUCAGAGAAAUCCAUGGGUCGCCUCCUCUCACGUGGGAUGAUAAGCUGGCCGCGUUUGCGCUUGAAUGGUCCAACGAGUGCGUUCUAAAGCAUAGCGGGGGUCCAUACGGCGAAAACAUUGCAAAAGGACCAACCACAUGGAAGGAAUCGAUUACGGAUUGGUAUAAUGAGCAAUCCCAAUAUGAUUUUUCCAAUCCCGGAUGGACCGAGGAGACUGGACAUUUUAGCCAGCUAAUCUGGAAAUCUACGUCCACAGUCGGCUGUGGUGCAGUGUAUUGUCCGAAUCUUGGUGGCAACUAUUACACGUGCGAGUAUUUUCCUCGAGGAAACAUCCUUAGCUCAACAGCCGAUCAGGGCAAAUACUUUGCACAAAAUGUGAAUUAA